AUGUUCCCAAAUCAUGUGUUUAGGACAUUUAAAAGCUCCUUCCGUUCGUUACAUCUAAGUGCAUCCCGUUAUUCACCACCAGUUCCAGUUCCACUUUCCUUCACGCGGUAUGAAAACAACGCAUCGAACAGCAAUGCACCACCGGUACUCGUGCUGCAUGGUCUGUUCGGGUCAAAGUCGAAUUGGAACAGUUUGGCUAAAGCGUUUCACAAAAAUACCAAACCCGUCCGUAAGAUAUAUGCGAUCGAUGCACGCAAUCACGGGGAUAGCCCACACACGGAUGAACACUCGUACGAUCAUAUGGUGGAGGAUUUGGUCCAACUGUACAAAACCUUGGGGAUUCAGCAAGCCUCUAUCAUCGGACACAGCAUGGGAGGUCGUGCCAUGAUGCUGUUAGCACUUAAAUACCCCGAACUGGUGGAAAAGGCAGUAAUUGUGGAUAUUUCGCCCAGUCCCGGACUUGGAACAAGCAAUACGAACAUCCCCCUAUUUCUUCAAUCGAUGAAAAUGAUUCAAAUAUCUUCCAAUGCAACCAUUCAUCAAGCGCGUAAAAUUGCCGACGAGCAGCUGAGCCAAGUCGUGGCGGAAAAGCCACUGCGAGACUUUCUCAUCACGAAUUUGGUGAAGGCGGAAAAGGGAGACGGUGAGUUUCGGUGGCGCAUCAAUUUGCAGUCGUUGGAACGUAAUUUCAACAGUGGAGUGGCACAAUUUCCCAAUCUGAGUGGACAUAAAUUUGAAGGACCAACGUUAUUCAUCGCUGGUGGACGAUCAGAUUACGUAAAAUCCGAAGAUGUUCCGCUGAUAAAGAAACUGUUUCCUAAAUCGAAUAUCGCGUACGUGAAGGACGCCGGCCAUUGGGUGCACAGUGAAAAGUCGGCCGAUUUUUCCAAGCUGGUGCUUAAUUUUCUUAACGAAUAG